GACCUGCAGUCCAGACAAGACACAUUUAAUCCAGGGUCUCUCAACAACGCAAUCUCUACCAAACACUGAGUGUAGACAUGGCUGCUGCCAGCUGUCUGCUGACUGAAGAUCAGUUCCUGUGCUCCGUCUGUCUGGAUGUGUUCACUGAUCCAGUCACCAUACCAUGUGGACACAACUUCUGUAAAACCUGCAUCACUAAACACUGGGAUAUUAAUGUCCCCUAUCAGUGUCCCAACUGUAAAAAGCUUUUCUACCGAAAACCUGAGCUGCAGGUCAACACUUUCAUCUCUGAGAUGGCUGCUCAGUUCAGACAGUCAGCUCAACAGAAAGCCAGCAGCAGCAGCUCAGAGCAACAAGUUUUCAAACCAGGAGAAGUUCCCUGUGACGUCUGCACUGGAACCAAACUGAAGGCGCUGAAGUCCUGCCUGGUUUGUCUGGUCUCCUACUGUGAGACUCACCUGGAGCCUCAUCGGACAAUGUCAGGCCUUAAAAGACAUCAGCUGAUCGACCCUGUGGAGAACCUGGAAGACAGGAUGUGUAGAGAGCAUGAUAAACAGCUGGAGCUGUUCUGUAAGGAUGACCACAUGUGUGUGUGCAUGCUCUGCACUGUUUUGGAUCACAAAAAACAUGAUGUUGUUCCUCUGAAAGAAGAAUGUGAAGGAAAGAAACUCGAGCUGGGGAAGACAGAGGCCGAAAUUCAGCAGAUGAUCCAGAAGACACAACUGAAGAUUGAGGAGAUCAAACGCUCAGUGAAACUCAGUCAGAGAGGUGCAGACAGAGAGAUAGCAGAUGGUGUUCAGGUCUUCACCGCUCUGAAGGAGUCUGUUGAGAGAAGCCAGGCCGAGCUCAUAGACACGAUCAAAGAGAAGCAGAGAAAGACAGAGAAACAGGCUGAAGGCUUCAUCAAAGAGCUGGAACAGGAAAUAUCUGAGCUGAAGAAGAGGAGCACUGAGGUGGAGCAGCUGUUACAGUCUGAAGACCACCUCCACUUCCUCCAAAGCUUCACAUCCCUGAAUGCUGCUCCACCUGCUAAGGAUCUGACAGAAUUUAACAUCUGUCCACCUUCAUAUGAGGGGACUGUGAGGAGAGAUGUGAAUCAGCUGGAGGAGACACUCAGUAAAGAGAAGAAUAAGCUGCUGGCUAAGGCCAAGCUGAAGAGGAUCCAGCAGUUUGCAGUGGAUGUGACACUUGAUCCUGACACAGCACAUCCCAACCUCAUCCUGUCUGAUGAUGGAAAACAAGUUAAACAUGGUGAUGAAAUGAAGAAUCUCCCAAACAAUCCAGAGAGAUUUGAUAAUUGUGUCUGUGUCUUAGCAAAGCAGAGUUUCUCAUCAGGAAGAUUUUACUUCGAGGUUCAGGUUAAAGGCAAGACCUACUGGGUAUUAGGAGUGGCCAAAGAGUCGAUCAACAGGAAAGGAGAUAUCCCACUGACUCCUCAGGAUGGUUACUGGACGAUAUGUUUGUGGGAUGGAAAGGAGUACUAUGCUCUCGCUGGCCCUGAUGCCAGUCUGUCUCUGAAGUCUCGGCCUGAGAAGGUGGGGGUGUUUGUGGAUUAUGAGGAGGGUCUGGUUUCCUUUUAUGACGUUGAUGCAGCAGCUCUUAUCUACUCCUUUAGUGGCUGCUCCUUCACUGAGAAACUCUUCCCAUUCUUCACUCCAUAUCCUAAUGAUGAUGGUAAAAACUCUGCCCCUCUGAUCAUCUCUCCUCUCAGUCACACUGAGUAAUUUUCUAGAUAAGCUUUCUUUAAAGCAGUAAUUGUAUAGUGAUUGAGGGUGUGUGUGUUUCUGUGUGUCCACAGCUAAUCUCGCAAACUACUGGACCAAUCAGCCUCAGAUUUUGUGUGCACAUUUGUAUGUAUGUUCAAGAGUUUCAGUGAUUUAUAGUGGUUGCUCCUUACUGACUGGUAGGGGCUGUAAAUAACUUAAAUAAGGUGAGAUUCAACGUCUAGUGGUGUGUUUGUUUGUUUGUUUGUUUGUUUGUUUUCAAUGUCGUAGAUAAGCAAAUGAACAUGGUAUGAUAACCGUUGAAUUUUAUAUCACGGUAUACUUUAAAACUGGUAUAUUGCUACAAACCAAGUCAUACCACACUGGGAGUGUUGGGAUUUUUGAUUUGGUCAUUUUUUCCUUGAUAUUUGCAUUUGUUUGUGUGGGGUGGCUCAGCCUUAGAGAUAGGGUGAGGAGCUCGAACGUCUGGAUGGAUGGAUGGAUGGAUGGAUGGAUUUGUGUUUCUCCCAUAAUUAAAUAUGAAGUUAAAGGGUCUCUUUUUAUUGUCUGUAUUGAUUGUGUCAAUUGUUAUUUUCUACUUUGU